AUGGAAAAUUUUUUAAAGGAAAAAAAUAGAGUGUUAAAGGUUAUUAAGUCUGAAGUUGAUUUGUGUAGAUACACAGAUAUUUAUAAAAAUAGUAACAACCAUAAUAUAUACAACAUAUAUUUGAAUAUAUACAAUGAGUAUAAGAAAAUUGGUGGGGAGGAGGAUGACACAGCUAAUUUUGAAAGCUAUAAAAGAAAAAAAUAUAACAACUUGAGAAAAAUAGAAAAAAAAAUAAAAAGAAUAAUAGAAAAAAAAGAAGUACAUAAUAAUAAAGAUGAUAAAUCUAUUAAGAAAAGUAUUGAUCUGCUGAUUUAUCCAUGUAUUUAUGAAAUUAACAAAAAUGAAAAUUACUUCACAAGUUCCUGUUGUUCAGGUAGAACUGUAAUAUUUGGUGAAGUUGGAAAAAAUGACGAACAUUCUGAAAAUAGUCUUAUCGAUUUUGAGUCAGGUAAAAAAUUAGACAAAUGUGAUAUUGAUAAAAAUAGUUUUAAAAAAGAAAAGAUUUGCACAAAUGAAAUAUUCCUUUCUUAUUUAAAACAAAAUUUUAUAAUAAAUAGAAAAGAACAAACAAAGAAACACUCUUCUGAUAAUGAGAAGUGUCGUUAUAAAUGGAAAGGUAAAAAUGUAAAUGAUCAUCAUUCCUUAUGUGAUUGUAAAGGAACAAAAAUGCACAAAAAAAAGGUCCAUAUAUAUUAUUCGUGUCAUAUGCAUCAAAACUUGAAGCAUGAUGCAAAUAAGAUACGAAAAAUUUUAAUAAAAAAAAUAUUUCCAAAUGAUGUAGUUGGUCCUUUCCCUCAUAAGGAUAUUGAUCAGACUGAAUGUACAAGUCCAGGAAAAGGAAAAAAAUACACAAAUACUUGCAGUACAAUAUGCAGUAAAGUAUGCAGAAAAGAAUACAAAAAUGUACGCAACUCGAUGAAUAGCUUUACGGAUAGCGAGAAAUUAAAACUAUUCCAUAGAGAGGAGAAGAAAAAACCAAGCAUAAAUGUUUAUAUAAAAUUCGAACCAUUUAUCAUUCAUAUUAAAUGCAUUAAUUUAUUACAUGCAUUGAAAUUGUUAAAAGUAGCUCAGUAUUCUGGUUUAAAACAAAGCGGAAUAUUGAACUUUAAUAAGUACGUAAUCGUUGCAAUUAGGGGAUCAAUGAGGUUAGAGCACUUUUUAGGGAAUGACCAUACAAUAGAAAAAAGGAAAAUAGUUCAAUUAAUUAGUAUAUGUAAUGAUAAAAUGACCAAAAAUUUAUUGCAAUUGGUUCAUUUUUAUAAUUGCUACAAAGAAAUGUACGUAGAAAAUAAGUGCUCAUUCAAUUAUAACCGUCAUAUUUUUUUUUCCAAAUGUGAACUUUGUCAUCAUGAGAGGGGGAAAAAAAACCUUGCAUGUGCAGGUGAAGAAAAAAAAAAAAAAAAAAAAAAUUCGCUUAAUGAGGUGGAAACUACUGCCUCAAUACAUGUAGAUAUGAAUUAUGAGAAUAAUAAAGAGGAUAUAAAAAAGAAGAGAAAAAAAGAAACAAAUUUAAGUAAGUAUGAUGUAUCUAUUUCAGAUGAAGGUUAUAUAAUAAAUAAAAAUUUAAAUUGCGGAGAAAAGGAAUUAUUGCAAUGGAAAAUUCUUUCCAGUAAAUGGCAUGUGCAGAAUUUUUUUGUGUGGGGACAUGACAUGUUCAUGCACAAAAAUAAAAUUUAUAUAUUUGGAGGUUUUUCAAAAGGUGUGCGAAAUAACAAGUUGAAAAUUUACGAUAUAGGAAGUAAAGAAUUGAUGGUAUAUGACACUGUAUUACCGUCAUUGGUAUAUCACACAUUUGUACAUUUGGAUGAAAAUUAUGCCUUUAUAUUUGGAGGAAGGAAAAGCCCGCGGAGUUGCACAAACGAACUGUGGUUAUAUAACAUCAAAAGUAAUUCGUGGAUACUGGCCAAAAUUGGGCAUAAUGUAAGUGGUGGUAAAGUUAGCCGUCGCUCAGGUUUACUAAUGAUGGGAAACCAUGACACAACGGAUGAGGUUCCUUGUAGCCGAUUUCGACAUUCAUGUGUAUUUGUGAAAAGAAUUAAGAAAAAAAAAAAAAAAGAAACUAACAGUAACGGUAACAAUAAUAGCGAUUACACUCGUGGUAAUAGCAUUUACAUAUUUUAUACAUAUGGUGGUAUAACGGAUGUGAAUGAAGUAUUAAACGAUAUGUGGGAGGGUAAAAUAACUGUAAAUGAAGACACUAGCAGUGCUUUUGUUAGGUGGAAAAAGAAAAAUUGCUCAAAUUGUCCAAAUUGCUCAAGCGGUAAAAAAGCGGCCCUCUUUAUUAAAAAUAAUUCGAUGAUAUAUAAUAGAAGGAAGAAGGUUAUUUACCUUAUUGGGGGGUAUUACAGCGAAAUGAAGGAGAGUGAAGGAGCUCAUGAAAAUCAUGUGUGUAAAAGUAGUAGUAUGAAUGGGAAUAAAUAUGGAAACUGUCUAGUUGAUGUCAUAAUGAGAUGUGAAGGAAAUAUGAAUUUUUUAUACACAUAUGAUAUAAAAAAAAAUAUAUUUUUUUUUAUUAAAUGUGAAGGAGAUGAAAAGCAUUUCUACCCGUUAAGCAGAUUUUCUCAUUGUUCUUGUCUAGUUGACCACAAUUUUUUUUUACUAAUAGGAGGAAUAAACAUCCACAGAACAAUAAAUGAUAUUUGGUUGUUCUACAUGAAAGAAAAUAAAUGGUAUUACGUAGGAAAUUUUCCCUUUCUAUGUAUGUAUGUAAGGGCAAAAAUUGUUUGUAACAACUAUAUGGUGUAUUUAAUUGGAGGUGGUUUGACGGUUUUCACGUUUGGAAGCUUCUUCGACUUGCCUAUAUAUGCCGAUUUCAGGAAUGUCGUUAUGAAAUUUGUUAAAAAGGAUGGAAAUAUAGAGGCAGAUGGUGCCAGAGUGGACCACAAUGUUAGCGCUAGUGAGGACGGCCCUUUCAGGGUCAUUGAGGACGUGCAUGGGGAGUACUCCUUUCCCCCUGGAGUGGAAAAGAAGACUGAAGAAGACGAAAAAAAUGGUGAAAGUGGUGCAAAUAGGAAAGGAAGCACUACGGGAUCAGGGAAAGGAAACAGGGAAGAGGGGAUGGGGAGUAGAAGUAAAAGCAGUAACAGAAGUAGAAGCAGUAACAGAAGUAGAAGCAGUAACAGAAGUAGAAGAAGUAACAGAAGUAGAAGCAGUAGCAGGGGAAACAGUUUUUCCAGUGAAGAACGCUUAACUGCUUACAUAGCUCGUAAUGAUGAAGUGCAGUUAAGCAGAUCUUACGCUUUUUCUCAAACGGGGGUGAAAAAGGAAAAAACUAAUGGUAUGGUUGGAGUGAAUUACAAAAAAUUAAAAGAUGGAAUUUUACCCAGUGAACAGCUGUACAUAGUUGUAAAGGAUAAAAGGCGCGUAAAAGAAAUAAAAAUGUUUUUAGAAGAUAUAAACAAUUUUGAUAAAUCUCGAAAAAUUUAUUUCUCAGGGCAGGGGAAUGCACAUAAUUUGAGCGUAGAAGGUUUUUUUAUACCAAUUAAAAAAAAAUUUGAGUUGUUAAGAAAUUAUGAAUAUGUUAAGGAGAAGUUACUUGCGGAUAAAACUUGUGUGUGUAGAGAAGGGGAAUUUUUGUACAUACAGUUGAAUAUUAAAAGAGAGAAACGAAAGGUCAGCUUGAAAAAUAAACUAAAGGAGAUGUUCGAAAAUUUUGUAGAUGAUAGGAUAAAAGGUUAUAUAAACAGUUCGGAAAGGGAAUUAAUAUUAAGAGCUCACACUAAGUAUGAAGUUAUAGGGAGCAUUCUAAUAUUUCACCAUGAGAACUUAAAACCGGUAGUUAGGUUGUAUGAAGCGUAUAAGAAGAUGAAGAUGAAGAUGAGGAUGAGGAUGAGGAUGAUGCAGAUGAAUAAAAAGUGUGAGAAAAAAAGUAAGCGGGUACCCCGCAGACGUGAUAAAAUGAAGUUCAAUCAUUUGACCUUACAAAUGAAAUGGUAUGAAUGCAAAUAUUUUGUAAAAGAAGUUGAAAAUUUUUGGGUUGGUAUAAAGAACAUUUUUAAUGAUUGCAAUGGAGAAAGAGUUCAAAGGAACGAAGAAAAAAAAAAAAAAAAAAAAAAAAAAAAAAAUCAUUUCCUAUGGUUAAAAAGAAAUAAUAAUACUUUCAACAAAUUUAUACAUGUAAUGAAAAAAAAAAAACAUGGAUUGAGAGGAUCCUUGGGGGGUGUCAGAUGUAUGCAAAGAGGUAUAGUAUCAAACUGUGGGGUGAAGUAUAGGCACCAUGUACUCGUGUCGACGAUUGCGAGGUGGUCGUAUGAGAAGAAGGGGGCACUGAUAAAUUUUUCUACUGUUAAAAAGGAGCAAGUGGCAAAAAAGGAAGAAUUGGUAAAAGAUACAAACGAGGUAAAAGAUACAAACGAGGUAAAAGACACAAACGAGGUAAAAGAUACAAACGAGGUAAAGGUUACAAACGAGGUAAAGGUUACAAACGAGGUAAAUAUUACAAACGAGGUAAAUGUUACCAACGUAGUGGGAAAAACGCGUAGGGAGAACAAGAUAAAAUCUAUCGCAGUGUACGAAAGAGUUGAGGGCGCGCUUCGAAAGAACAAAAUACGGUUGGUACACGGGACAAGCUUAGAAACUAUACAUACAGAAAACAAUGUUUUAUACAAAUUAGAUCUAAGUAAAUGUAUGUUUUGUUCAGGGAAUGGUUCAGAGAAGCAGAGAAUGAAAAAUAUAUACUUAAGUGGAAAUAAUAAUUUGAAAAAAGAAAAUGUUGUUGAUUUAUUUUGUGGUGUAGGGUAUUUUACACUCCCUUUGUUAAAGUUCAUUGGAGAUGAGAAGAUAAAUAAUUAUUAUGCAUGUGAUAUUAAUGAAGAUUCUUUAGAAUUGUUAAAAGAGUCUAUAAAAAUCAAUAACAUAAAAAAAAAGAAUUUAUAUAUAAUAAAACAAAACUCCUUUUUAAUAUCAAAUAAUGUAAAUAUAGUAAGGAAAUGUCAUCGUAUUUUAUUAGGUUUAUUACCACAGAGUACAGAAGCAUGGACCAAUGCAUUUCAGCUACUUGAUGAUAAAGAGGGAGGGGUACUACAUAUUCACGGUUUAGGAGAAAACAAGUUUAAUGAUAAUUUUGCAUUUACUGUUCGUACAUAUGAUUACAUACGUACCAGGGAAGAAGAAGUUAAUAUAAAUUGUAUACCAGAUUUAUAUUUAUCUGAGUCAGGGAAAAAUUAUGAAAGUAUAACGUGUGAACAGGAGGGAAGCUUGCGUUAUCUUAACCAGGUCAAUUUGGAUAAAUGUAAUUGUAUGUUUGAAGAGUAUAAUGAGAAGGGAAAAAAACAAUUAUAUUUAAGUAACAACAUCCCAGUUAGUCUUAAAUUUGCUCAAUACGUUUUGUUGGAAAUAUUUAAAAUAGCUCUUAAGGAUUACUACACAAAUAAAACUAACUGGGAAAUAGCUAUUUCAAAUGUUGUCAGAGUUAAGUCAUACGCGCCGCAUAUUUAUCAUUAUGUCGUGGACAUUCGUUGCACUCCUCUUUUUUUUUAG